AUUCGCACUUUACGGCUGCUGUCUUCCACAUGGCCAUUUACUAGAUGAGUUGUCUGUUUUGGUGUUCGAUGCCCGAAACAUCCGACUAACUCGACGCAAAAUUUAUACACUCGCACUGUAAAACAAUUUAAAAUGGGCAAAAGUAAGACGACAAAAUUCAAACGUCCUCAGUUCAAUGCUGUCGGACUACCCGUGAACGCCGUGAAUGAAGCUGCCGCUGAGGAGGACGAACUCGCGGACGAACUCGCGGACGACUACGACGGCUGCCCGGCGGCGGAACUGCUGGAGAAACUGCAGAGUCCCAGCGCAGCUGUAAGAGAGUGUGCGUGCGCUGGCAUCUCUCGGGUAGUCCAGCAGAGUCAAAGCAUCCCAGCCUUUCUACAGAGGGAUGCAGUGAGGCAGCUGGGUCCCAUGAUGCUGGAUGGCAGCCUGGCCGUCAGGGAGACGGCCGCCGGAGCCCUCAGGAAUCUGAGUGCCUGCGGAGGCCAUGAGGUGUGCGAGGACAUGGUGAAGCGCGACGUCAAUUCUCUGACAGCGCUGCUCAGAGAGUGCUGUGCGGGUUUUGCCGCGAUGCCGACCAAAGAGCCAAAGAACCGUGUUGAGAACGUUGCCAACGAGGCGGUGAACCUGCUAUGGAAUCUCUGCGAGAACAGCAACCAGGCAAUGUCGCUCUUCAACAAAUCAGGUCUUCUGGACGUGGUGGUCCAAUGUCUGGAGAGAUACCCGCACAACGUGGAGCUUGCCACUUCUGCUGCGCACUGUUUGCACACGGUGUCCGAGGACAACCCCGAACUGCUAUGUAGCAUCGACGGCAAUGUGCAUGGAGCUCUAGAAGGCGUACUGCUGUCAAAGCAGCCUAGCCUGGCGCACACUCUCCUCAGGACACUGGCUGCAGGAACGCUAUGGAACAUGAAGGCAAGCCUUCCCGCUGCCCGCCAGGCUCAGACCCUUACAGCUGUGCUGGCCACCUUGUCACAAAGUCUGGAUUUGGACGCCGGCGAGCUCAUCCCUCAACUUCACAGAGCGGAGGAGGCGCGCUUCCAGGACGCUCCCGCCGCGUCGGGUAUGGAGGCGCACUCUAGCGUGGAGCCCGCUGUGAAAGAAAUGGACGAAGAGGGAGCAGCACAGCGUGUGAAAAAUGGAGAUUGCGGAGACGACUUUUCGGAUCUCUUGCCUAGGGAGAUGGAGGAGCUGAGGGAGGCGGCGGCCUUGCUGACGGCCCAGCAGACGUCCCUGGAGAUCCUCGUCAACAUGUGCUGUUCUGACGAUCCCUCCGACGACGAGUGGGAGGAGUCGUCGAGCAGCGACGAAAGCGAAGCGCCCGCCGACGGGUUGUCUAGUAGCCUCAUGUCGCCGUUGUGUUUGUCGGCGGAGGUCCACGGUGCUCUCAUCAACCACAACAUCCCGGAAAAGGUGCUCAAAAAAACGCAGUUCCCCAAGAAGGAAGCAGUGGAUAUGUGCCACCAGAUUCCUUACUGGAGAAGCCUCAUCAAGAAAAUGCAGCGCGUCCAGUCUCGCGCCCUGACGUGCCUCCACAGCAUCUUGUCCGGCAUGGACGCCGAGUCUCUGGGCGGGGCGGAGGCGCUGCAGCAGGCGGCGCAGCAUUUGUCCACGUUGCUCUUUGGAGCGCCAGAGAUCCCUAAAGAUGAGGAGUUCCUGGAAGCGGUCAUCAGUGCCAUGCGGUCUCUUUUGCAGAUGGCAGCCUUGAAAAACAUCCCUCUGUCCAUAAGCCUGCAGCAGAUUAUGAGCCUCAGCGAAGCUGCUGCCCGCUGUGAUGUCAUUAGCGUGAGAGUCAACGCCGUCGCUAUCCUGGGUAUCACCGGCAGCACCCUCGCCAAGGAGAAGGGCUCAGCUCAAACGCUUCAGAUGAUUGGGAGCGGCUUGCUGGGAGUAGCAACCGACGAUACCGAUCUGGUGGUUAAUGGCGAGGCCCUCGACGCCCUUUUCGACGUGUUUGCGGACGGCGAGGAGGCGGAGACGGCGGCCAGGAGCAUCCAGUUACUUCCUGCUUUGAAGACGCUUCAGCCCGUUUUUAAGGCCAAGAUCCGUAAGGCGGGAAGAGACAAGUACAGCCCGCAGCAGCUGUGUGUGCUCGGCAACGUCAGAGUGAACCUGAGGAGAUUCAUCGGUUACCUUCAGUCUCUGGACAAGAAGUGAUGGCAAUGUGGUUGUGAAAAAUAUGAAGUAUUUAUUAUCUUUGACGUUUUUUUUUUUUUUUUCUUUUGGCUUGACCCGACUCUUACGUUUUUAUUUGAGGUUUCUUUGCUGUGAAGAAGACAAUCCCAGGUUGACGUUAGACUAGAGAGCUAUGCUGUAUCAUUUUUGACUGAUAUCAUAUUGCAAGCUUUCCAAAACU